GUCUUUUAAACCCCUUUCCACUUUUUAUUUCUUUCAUGUGUAAAGCAUUUUCUUACUUUUUUCUAUUUCUUUAAGGGAUUUUUAUAAAUUUCCCCUUCUUGCUUUCAUUCUAGAUGUCUUAAUUUCCAAAAUAUUUUUUCUUAUUUUAGAUAUUUUCUUGAUUCUUGUCACUUCGUUUCUAGGUAAUUCAAACUUUAACUUCCUCUCAUAUGUGUGUUGAGGUUUGGACUGUCGAUAUAUAUUGUAGUGCUAAAUCCUGGCCCCAGUUGCCUCCAGGGAUGAGGUGAUUCCCACAUAGACCCAAGUGAUGCUAUGUAACCUUGUCCCCCAAGUUAUCUCUGAUUGGUGAAUAAAGGUGCCUAUACCCUAUAUCGGGGCAGAAGAGAGAUAGGCAGAGUUUUGGUUCCUGGGCUUGGGGUCUGAGGCAGAGACCAAAUGGAGAGAAGAGAAGAUGGUAGAGAGAGAAGACACCAUGGGGUAGGCGAAUCAUGAAAACAUGGUCAUGAGGGCUGGCCAAUUGGACUUAAGAGCAGCCCAGAUGAAACAUGGCUACUCACAUCUCAACGUUAUUUAUUGGCAGGGAAGUAGACAUAAUAGCACAGAGGGUAGAUAUUUGCCCAGCUCUAGUGCUCGAAGGCUUAUUAUAAAUAUAAAGGUCUUGUGUCUUUUAUCUUGGAACUGAAUGGUCAAAGGCAGGGUAGAAGCCCCCGACUGAAAUUAAAUAUUUACUACAACAGUUGUGUUAGUUUAUUUGUUAAUUUAAAAAUAGAGAAUUAUAGUAGUUUCCUCCUUAACCAGGUCAUUUUAGCAUCCUUUCCUUGUCCAUCAGUUAUAGGUUGCAUCUAUGGAGUUUAGCCUUAACCAUAUGUUUCUAUUUUUCAUGCUAUGACAGUUUUGUAUAAGAACAUAAUGAAUUUUAGUCAUUUUCUUUCUAUUAUUUGCGCUCAUGGCCAUCAGAUGGCGCAGUGUUGCACACCCCUCACUGACGUGAGCCGAGGCAGUUUGUCCUCACUCAGUUUGUAUCUUGUGAGAAUAGCUUGUCCUGCCAUGUUACAACACCUCAAAACCCGCGUCCUCAUUUCCUGUUCUCUGCCUUCGGCUCUGACCUUCAGAUCCUGAGGUAGGGUCUGAGUUCUCUUCUGAAUCUGGGGUAGCUAGCUCUCUGACUGAUGCGAUGGAUGGAAAGUGGAGAAAAUGAUAUUCCGGGUAGCUCUUAGGGUCCUGCCAUCAUGUUGUGAGAAUACCAAGCUACUCCACCAGGUGACAGCCAGAACCCAGUGACAGUUUCAGCUGAGCUCCCAGGCAACCAUCUUGUGAAGGAGGACCCUGGAAGUCUACACAGUCAAAUCUCCAGAUGACGCUAACAGGUGGUGAACAGCAUGUUGCUUUAAAGUUACAAAGUACAAACUACAAAGUAUCGGCUGAUGUUUUGACGAAGCAAAGGAGGAUAAAACACCCGACUUCCUUUCAGCUGGUAUCUCAUUUUUACUUUGCUUGUGUGUGGGAAUUUGAAGAGUCUAAGACAAUGUCCUCCUCCCAACCCUUCCCAGAAUCCACUCUCUCCUGAGAUUAUAAGGUUGAUCUAGGAUAGACCUCAGGCAGGGCCACGGAGCCACCAGGGGGUGUAAUUCAGAACCAGAACAGCACGUAUGCCAUUUAGAGCUUCUCCCCAUGAAUGUUGGCCCUCUGACCAAACUCUGUAUGAAAAUAGACUCCUCCUCUUCAUAUCCUGCCCUGCCGCCCAAGUUUAAGCUCACGCUGUAUAAAUCUAAUAAUUUACAUAUUUGAAAAUGUUUUCCAGGUUGUUGUAUCUAAAAAAGUAAGUGAGUCAUGCAAGCAUUUCAGUCAAGGUAAUUGUACACCUCAAUCUAUCCAGUCAUACAAAAAUAUAUUUACUCAGGACUUAUGAUGACCCAAGCAUUGUCCCUGACAUUAGGGGCAUUGUGGUACUGUGUGUACUUCACUUAUCAAAACAAGCAUCCUUACCCUUGGGGAAAUUAAAGCCUGGUGCUGUAUAUUAUAUCAUUUAAGCGUUUAUUUAGCGGUAUGCGAUUGUUACUUGAGUGUGCUCUUGAACACGUGCCAAACCCACUUCCAGAACCCUCAGCCAACUUUGGUACACUCCUCAGAAAGACUCCAGCUAACAGCGUUUUCAUUUCAUUUCAUUGCUGGUGAUGGAGUAGACGCUCUUGGCAAUACUUCUCUGGAUAAAAUCCACCUAAUCAGCAUUCCUCUAAUCCAGUUCUGAUUUCAAAAUUCACUAAAAUGUGCUAAGUAGUUUCAGGGGAUAGUGGAGCAUUAAUUUUUGUUGUUAAAAUUAAAAGUUACCGAAGGGAGGUAUUUUUCUAUUCACGUGGAAUCGUGGGAAUGGCACUUGUUUAGAUCAGUGUUUUUGUGUGUAGAUGGGGGAGGGGUGUUGAGUAGAGACUGUUAAAAGUUUAAAGAGGAAGAGAUGAAAUUCAAGGCCAUAUUCUCAAGACUAACAGCUUAGGAAAACCUAGAGUUCUAGUAGCUUCCCUCAUGUACCGCCUGGAAAUAAGCUCCAACAGGAAGUUCUCUACCCACCUCUGACUCGCCUUUCCCAUCCCUGGGUCUUCUGGGAUCUGUUAGUGGGCGGGAGACACGGUCAUUGUUUAUAAUGCUCACAAGCCUGCAUGGACGCGAAUGACAUAUAUUUAGAAAGCAAAAUAAAGCUUUAGGAAGAUCUUCAAUUUAAUGGAAACUAGUCUAGUCAUUUGAGAACCACAAGAGCUUUUUAGAGAAGGCCCACUUCUGCCAGCUGGAGGAAGUGUGGGUGUAUGGGGUCCCGGUGACACCUGUGAUGUCAGCCACCCCAAGCCUGAGGCUCAUUGGCUCUGAGGAGCUGCAGCAGAGUUUAAAUUCUGCACUGUCAGACUUCUGAGCAGCAGCUGGAGAGUGGCUUCUCUGAGAGCCCUCUGGGAGAACCUGACGGAGCUUUUGACCCAGUCGGAAGAGACCUUGGGAGCCAGAGAAGGUGGAGGAAUCGCAUCCCAAUAUGAAGACUGUUAUCCUCCUUACGUUCCUCUGGGGGCUGUCCUGUGCUCUCCCUGUCGCCAGAUACCAAAAUACUGAAUCUGAAAGCUCCGAAGAGAGGACGGGCAAUUUGGCUCAGUCACCGCCACCGCCCAUGAACAGUGAGUCAUCAGAAGAAAGUAAAGUUAGCCCAGAGGGACAGGCAAAUAGUGACCACACGGACAGCAGUGAGUCUGGAGAGGAGCUGGGCUCCGACAGAAGCCAGUAUAGACCGGCUGGUGGUCUCUCUAAGAGUGCCGGGAUGGACGCCGAUAAGGAGGAGGAUGAAGACGACAGUGGAGAUGACACCUUUGGAGACGAAGACAAUGGCCCAGGCCCGGAAGAAAGACAGUGGGGAGGACCCUCCAGACUGGACAGUGACGAGGACUCGGCAGACACCACACAGUCCAGUGAAGACAGCACGUCUCAAGAAAACAGUGCCCAAGAUACCCCCAGUGACAGCAAGGACCACCACAGUGAUGAGGCAGACAGCCGGCCUGAGGCAGGAGACUCCACUCAGGACAGUGAGAGUGAGGAAUAUCGGGUAGGAGGUGGCAGCGAGGGGGAGAGUAGCCACGGGGACGGCUCUGAGUUCGAUGAUGAGGGGAUGCAGAGCGAUGAUCCCGGGAGCACCAGGAGCGAUCGAGGCCAUACCCGAAUGAGCAGCGCUGGUAUCAGGUCGGAAGAAUCUAAAGGGGAUCACGAGCCCACGAGCACUCAGGAUUCAGAUGACAGCCAGGAUGUGGAAUUUUCAAGCAGGAAAUCCUUCAGAAGGUCCCGGGUCUCUGAGGAAGACGACAGAGGCGAGCUCGCUGACAGCAACAGCAGGGAAACCCAGAGCGACUCCACAGAGGAUUUCCGCUCCAAGGAGGAAAGCAGGAGCGAGACUCAAGAGGACACAGCCGAGACCCAGUCCCAGGAAGAUAGCCCAGAGGGACAAGACCCCAGCAGUGAGUCCAGCGAAGAGGCUGGUGAGCCAUCCCAGGAAAGCAGCAGCGAGUCUCAGGAAGGGGUGGCCAGUGAGUCCAGGGGUGACAACCCAGAUAACACAAGCCAGACAGGAGACCAAAGAGACAGUGAGUCCAGUGAGGAGGACAGACUGAACACGUUCUCCAGCUCAGAAAGUCAGUCCACCGAGGAGCAAGGUGACAGCGAGUCUAAUGAGAGCCUCAGCCUCUCAGAGGAGAGUCAGGAGUCGGCCCAGGAUGAGGACAGUUCCAGCCAGGAAGGCCUCCAGUCUCAGAGUGCAUCAAGGGAGAGCAGGAGUCAGGAGAGCCAGUCUGAGCAGGACAGCCGUUCUGAGGAAAACAGGGACAGUGACUCUCAGGACAGUAGCCGAUCCAAAGAAGAGAGCAACUCGACGGGGAGCACUUCCAGCAGCGAGGAGGACAACCACCCCAAAAACAUUGAAGCUGACAAUAGGAAACUAAUAGUUGAUGCUUACCACAACAAACCUAUUGGGGACCAAGAUGACAAUGAUUGCCAAGAUGGCUACUAGCAUUAGCUUGUCUAAGAAAUGGCUCUCACAGGACGGAGUCUUGGGGGCCCCAAGAGUAGAGUUCACUACAAGUAUAAUUUAUUGAUGUUUUGGUCAGAAGUAAAACGGCUGGCGGGGGGGUGUUGUUUUGUUUGUUUGGCUUUUUUUUUUUAAAUUUUGUUUUUUGUUUGUUUGUUUGUUUUUUUCUAUGAGGAAUUGUUGGACAUGACACUCUUUUCUAGAGUGUCUCCCACUCCUUAGAGGCUUGUAUGUGGGAUGACGUCAGAGCACGCCCAGUGAGGAAUCAUGCGCAUAGCAGCUUCACAGAUGCCGUAGCCCCUGGCUCACCAACCUGACAGUUACUGAGAUUCUGUUACAUACCCGUCACAGCACUGGGGUGGGGUGGCUGCUUCAGGCUCAGUCUUGCUCCUGAGGAGCUUGCCCCAAGCAGACACUCAAAUGUAACACAUUAAACAGAUACACACAAUGGAGCCCCUGUAGCAGUGAGUUUGGGUUACAAGGCUUUGGCUCCCGGAGGGUAAGAAAUUACUUCAACCAGCCCCUGCCACGGCUGAGGUGUGACCAGACAGGGAAUGGGAGCGAGACAGGGAAUGACCAGCUUCGCUUUGGAGAAUCAGAGGUUCCACACGUAGCAAAGCCUGGAGAUGGAGGGUCACAUAGGCUUUCUCCAUUGAAGACAAUAUAAAUCUAUUUAUUCUUGAGAUAAACAGUAUUACACCUUAUGCAAUUAAAUAUUUAGUAUGGAAAGGCAUUCUCAAACGAGACGGCACAAUGGGAUAACUUGGAUAACAUUUUUUUUCCCCAAUUAAUUUGCCCUAUUGAGUGCUUUUGUGGGCCUUCUGUAAACAUUGCCUCAAUGAUGACAAGGAGGAGGAGGAAAAUUUGGUGGGGAGAUGGGAGAAAAAAUAAUUGAAAAAAGAUGUAUAGCUUUAUUUUUUCCAGAUUAUUUAUGUGCAGUGCAAGCACCAUCCCUGAGUCCUUUCCAUGUGUUGCACAUAGCAGAAUUCUGUACAUAGAGCCUGGCCGCUUUGUUGUCGUUUCUUCUACUUUUAUUACUUUCCUUUUCCUUUUGUCAAGUGCCAUUGAAGUGUUACCUCAUGAAAAAUAUUUGUUUUGUAAUAAAGAUAAUAAUUCCCAGAGAAA